AUGCGAUUUCCGCACUGGUUGGCGGCGGGCCUCUUCGCGUUCACUCUCACUCCGCCCGUGGCCGCGGAACAGCUGCUGCAGUCCCACGCUCUUCUGCCGUGUUCCAAUGACGGAAUCAUCUCCGUCAACCACUUCGACAUCGUCUUCACUCCCAGCAACAACAGUGCCUUGGUGAGUUUCGACGGCCAAGCAGACUACGCUGGCAAUGUCUACAUCGAUAUUGCUCUCUACGCCUAUGGAUACAAGGCUGCCACAAAGAUCGUCAACCCGUGUGCCUUGAACGUCGACGCUCUGUGCCCAUUACGACGAGAUACGGCCUUGAAGAUCACCAACGUGCCGCUCAAUCUCGACGGGGUUGACCUGUCUAUCAUUCCUGGCAUUGCAUAUACCAUCCCUGACCUCGAUGCGGUGGUCCGCUUGAAUAUCAUCAAUUCAGAUACCGGCAAAAAGGUGACCUGUGUGGAGGCCCGCGUCAACAAUGGUGUGACGGUGGAUCAAGCGGGGGUGGCCUGGUCAAUGGCCGUUUUGAUCGGCGUUGGUCUUCUCACCGCGGUAGUCCUGUCGAUUCUCGGCCGCGUCAACCUCGCCGCUCAUGUCGCCUUCCGCACCCUGCUCUUCCUGGGAUUCAUGCAGAUCCAGGCCAUCUGGGGUCUGACGGCGAUCAAACAACGACCUCUGGUGCAGUCGUGGACGCAAAUAUGGCAGUGGACGAUGGGACUGGUGGGUGCGCGGGCCUUGCAGACGAUCGCCACGUGGUUUCAGCGUUCCACGGGUGGCACUCCCUCCAAGGUUCUCACCCAGCUGAAUGAGUUCUCGUUGAUCAUGCAGAAGCGGUCGCUGGUCGCUCGGGCCACCGAUAUGACGCCAAACGGGGGGGAGGUCGAGGUGCAUGGAAUCGAGCGCGCGGGCGUCCGCAUCAACAUCGAACCGUCCAAUAUCUUCAUGACCAGCUACCUCUUCUUCUACUUUGUGACAAUUCUCUUCCUCCUGGUGGUGCUCUUCCUCAAGCUUGUGCUGCCCCGCCUGAAGAGGACCGUCUGGACAGAAAAGUCGGAGCGCGCCGUGACUAACACGUCCGACUGGAAAGACUUUAUGCGUGGCAAUCUGUACCGGAUGGCGGCUCUAGGAUAUCCCCAGCUGUGCUGUCUCGGUCUGUGGGAGCUCGUUCACCGGGAUUCCGCCGCCGAGGUUGUUCUGGCAAUCUGCAUGUGGCUCACCAUGACUGCGGUGCUGUGUUGGGCCAUGUUCAAGGUCUUUCAGCGCGCUCGACUCUCCCGAACCCUUCGACAAGAUCCCGCGUACACGCUCUACUCCGACCCCGUCUGCCUCACCCGCUGGGGCUUCCUGUACGUCAACUACCGGGCGCGUACGUUUUGGUUCAUGGUUCCGCUCUUCUUCUACACGUUGGUUAAGGGGGCCACGAUCGCGUUUGGCCAAUCCAGCCCUCUGGCUCAAGCCAUUGUCCUUUUGAUCGUCGAGGCCGGCUUCCUUAUCGCUACCGCCACGAUUCGACCCUACAUGAGCAAGACGGCCAACAUCCUCGCCAUCAUCGCCACCGCCAUUAAUUUUCUCAAUGCCAUUUUCUUCCUGUUCUUCACUGAGGUCUUCAGCGUCCCCAUGCUCGUGGGCGGUGUCAUGGAGGUCGUCUUCUUCGUUCUCAACGCCAUCUUCAUGGUCGUCCUUCUCGUCUACUUCCUCCUCAUCUUCUACAACGUCAUUACCUUGAAGGAACCCUCGGUCAAGUACACCAGCCGAGAGGAAGGCCGCUCCUCGACCACCGUCCUCACCGAUGACCGUCGCAUCACCGAAUUGGAGCCCUUGGAGAAGAAUCUGGUGGUCGGCGAUGACCACACCGUUUCAAAUGACAACGGGUGGCAACGCACAUCGUCCCCUUCCACCUCGAAUGACGACAUCGCGCCGGCACCACGCCCAUCAUCGAGGCCCUCCUCUCACCCGACGGUUCCCUCCGUAUCAACAAGCGGGUCGGACACUUCUGUACCACGAGGGUUCGAGCAUCCCAAAUCGGAAGAGCGCAUCGUAUAG